AUGCUUCGGGAAUCACAGUCUUUCAGGCAGAGUUCGGACGUUUCUCAGCUGCCCGCUAAAUUUUUUAGCAGUAAAUUAUCGUGGAGAUUGCACGAUUUGGCGAAUGCAAGGUACUUCUACGUAUGGCUCUUCGCACUGGCAAUUUUUCCGGUGGUUACUACAAGCAUUGUGAAGAAGACUGGUACGUGGUCCUCAUCAAUAACCAAAUUCACUGUGUUCGUGAGUGCUGAGAUUGUUUUGGCAACAUUACCUUUUGCAUCCCAGUUCAAAAAACGGAAAAAUAUUAAGAAGCUGCGGUCAGUGUUGCUAAAAGAAGUGGUCGAGCUUGAAUCAGAUUUCGCUCAUAAACAUUGGGAUCUGAUCGCAAAACAUGUAAACGAAUAUCUGCUCCAGGAAGGCUUGUGGCACUCUGAGCAUUGUAUCUACGAUGGUGAAGAAUGUCUACGCUAUUUCAGAGACCAAGUGUAUCUUCCUUUCGUUGUGAAUCCAUCCGAAAAGCAUGAUGAGCAACUCGCCACUCAAAUUUAUGAGAAGAGCUAUGAAAUUUACUGGAGCUCGCAAGAGUUGAUUACGAAAAUAGCGGCCCUAGAACCGAAUCAAAAUCUGCCAAGAGACACGUACCGAUUCUCGAUUGUAUAUGACUUGAUCCAUGGCAUCAAGCCGGCAUUGAAGUUUCUUCCAGUUGUUGUGCUGAGUUCCCUCUACAUGAAGUGGAAAAUGAGUUUAAAAAUCAUAGCUACGGCGUCGGUAUUUGGGUUUUUGAAGCUUAUGUGUUCGUCCUGUCACCUUACAAGAAGAAGCAGAGGCAGAGCUCUUUCUCAACCAUUACACAUAUUGACGCUUUUGAAACUGGAGUACCACUCGGAGCCCGGUGAAAGCGCAAAUAAGUGGGAUGAGGUUGCAAAGAAAAUGAACACCUAUUUAAACGAGGAGGGUGUCUUACCAGAUAAAAGAGUGUUUUUUGACGGGAAGCAGUGUCAUGCCAAAUUUGAAUCAUUGCUGGCCGCAACGCUUCCAGACGAUGAUAUUAAAAAGAGCUUAUACCCGGAACUUAUUCGUUUUGCGAGUGAAUUCAGAGCCGCAUAG